GGCGACCGUUCACUUCCGGUCAUCUACGUCCGCCCCUUCGGUCACUCGUGUUUUGUGCUGGUGAUCUUUCUGUCACAAUAUUUUUGUGAUCAAACCUGCUCCUGCGUACUGGACGGUAGAGCGGACACGAACGCUCGGUCCCGUACAGCGCGGACGCGCGCACAGCCCUGAACUUACGUGCACAACGGCCUCGAGAACGCGCCGUUAGCGUCUGUUAGCAUAUACCUGUUUACUGCAGUAAAACCACUCCUCAUGGACUGACAACGCAUCGUCACAGGCUACACAGCUCUUUCGGUGAAGGGCUAUGGCGCAUCAGCACGGCUUGUCUGACCUCUCCCAGGAUGCUCGAUCACCUCGAGCCGCCUCACUCACGGAUCAUGACUCCGGAGUGGAAGAUGGAGAUGAUGGCUCCCACAGCCCUACCACAAACUCCACAAUCUAUGUUGCUUUCAAAGGGAACAUGAAUGAUGAGGACUUUCAGGAGAAGCUGGAUACCAUCUUAAACAGGAUGCCUGAUAUGCUCUUACUAGGUACUAACAAGCUCGAACCCAAGCGUGUGGAGCCGUGGAACAGCGUGCGUGUCACUUUCAACAUCCCCAGAGAAGCAGCCGAGCGACUGCGCCUCCUGGCCCAAAACAACCAGCAGCAGCUGCGGGAACUGGGCAUCCUCUCUGUGCAGAUUGAAGGUGAAGGUGCUAUCAACGUCGCGGUUGGACAGAACCGAAGUCAAGAAGUAAGGGUUAAUGGUCCCCUUGGUGCACCUGGUCAGAUGAGAAUGGAUGUUGGCUUCUCUAUGCAGCAGGGCCAGGCUGGAAUGCGAAUGAAUAACCCUUCGGUAUCCAUGAUGCCCCCUGGGGCUAAUAUGGCACCACAGGGAAUGGUACCGAAUAGUGGUGGACAGAUGCAGCCAAGAGCACCAAGACCACCUUCACAGACAGACCAAAUGGAUCCCAUGCUGGCCUUACAGCAACAGCAACAACAACUCCAGCAUACUCAAGUGGGACAUGGUCCAAUCGGCAACUUAGGCCCACAGGGACAUCACAUACAAGCCAUGCAGGCAAAUCGACAGUUAAAUCCAGCAGCCCUACAGCAACUUCAGCAACAACAACAGCAGCACCAGCAACAGCAGGUUCAGCUGGCUCAACUAAGUGGUGCACGUGGUCCUUUCAACCCCUCUAACCAGAUGCCUGUACCUCCUGGCUGGAACCAGUUGCCCUCUGGUGUUCUCCAACCACCACCUGUCCAGGGUCCUAUGGGACCAGGUUGGAGAAAAGCCCCCCCACAGCCACAAAUGGGGCAGCGUCAGCCCUCUUUGGCAUCGGUUCAGACGCCCAAUCAUCCACCACCACCAUAUCCAUUUGGAAGCCAGCAGGCUGGACAGGUUUUUAAUACAAUGACACCGCUUCAGUUGCAACAACAGCAGCAGCAGCAGCAGCAGGCAGGGGCAAACCAGUUUGCAACCCCUCAGCCCAAAGGCCCUCAAGGAGCACCAGGUGUAGUUGUCUCAAGAGCACCUCCUCCUCUGCCUCCAUCCUCUGCCACGCAAGGCAAUAUUGCAGCUAAGUCCCCUGGUUCCUCGUCAUCUCCUUUCCAACAGGGCUCACCUGGAACUCCUCCAAUGAUGGGACAGGGACAAGGGCAACUUGGUCCACGUCCCACAACCCCCCAGGGGUUCCCACAGGGUGUUGGAUCUCCAGGUAGAGCUGUGAUGGGCCAGCAAGGAAACAUUCAGCCAGGCUUUAUGGGCAUUCCACAACAUGGACAGGUCCCUCAAGGUGGUAUGGGAGGUAUGCCCAAACGAAUGCCAAUGGGGUUCCCAAACGCUCCUGUUAAUCAUAACUUUGCACAAGGACAGGUUACUACCACUGGAGCAGGUAGUACACCCCAAUUACAAAAUAAUCAGAGCGUUUCGAGCACUGGUGUCCAGUCUUCAGCCUCAGCGCCAAACCACAUGCAGUCAAAUCCUCUUCAAGGUGCUGGAAUGAUCCAACACACUAGCAUGCCAGCCCAACCCCCAGGCACCACCUCAGGUGGUAGUAUGGGGCAACCUCAGCAAGGUCUUCAGACUCAAAUGAUGGGUGUACCGCAGACCCAACAUCAAACACAGGCUGUAGUUUCCUCACAAAGUCAAAUGGUACAAAGCCAAACAGGGGGCCAGACUGUCCUGUCCAGGCCAGUGAAUACCGGGCAACGAGGAAUGACCCCUCCUAAGCAAAUGAUGCCACCACAGGCUCAAGGGAUCAUGCAAAACCAAAACCAACACAGUGGAGGACAGGGACAUCAGGCAUUAUUGCUUCAGCAGCAGCAACAACAACAACAACAGCAGCAACAACAACAACAACAACAGCAACAACAGCAAAAUGCUAUGAUGGAACACAUUGUAGCUAGUCAGAUACAGAGUAAUAAGCAGGCUUUUGGCCCAAAAGGUCAGCCUGGGGUUAUGCCAGGCCAGAUGAUGAGAGGUCCUUCACCCAACAUUCAAAGUAAUUUGCCACAGUUUCAAUCUCAGAUGGGCCAGCAACAGAUGACUCCACAACAGCAUCAGCAACAACAACAACAAUUGGCUCAUUUGCAACAACAGCAGCAAUUACAGCAACAGCAGCUACAACAACAACAAUUACAACAGCAGCAACUACAACUGCAGCACCAACAGCCACAACAGUCACAAAUGCAACAACAGCAGCUACAGCAGCAACCCCAACUACAGCAGCAACCCCAUCAGCAAAUGGUACAACAACAGUCUCAACAAAUUCCAAUAAAUGGCAACCCCAACCAAGCACUGGGAAUUCAUGGACCUCAAAUGCGACUUCCAGGAAAUCACCAUUUAGUGCAACAACAGCUUCAGCAAAAGCAACAGCAACAGCAGGUGAUGCUGCAGCAGCAACAGGCUGGUCAGCAACAUCAGCAUCAACUUGGAGAUAGUAGUGGAAAUGCUGAUAUCGGCCAACAGAUGGUUCCAGACCUGCAGAAUCAGCAACAACAGCAGGGUAUGUUGGGGGGUCCUCAACAUUUACAGGUUGGCAAUGGCCAUUUUCCUGGUCAUCCAAUGUCCUUCAAUCCUCAGUUUGCUGGUCAGAUGCCAAUAGGAGGCCCAUGUGGGCAAGCAGGUGGAUUUCCAGUAAACAAGGAUGUGACAUUAACCAGUCCCUUGUUAGUAAAUCUUCUCCAAAGUGAUAUUUCUGCCAGCCAGUUUGGUCCUGGUGGGAAGCAAGGAACAGGUGGGGUUGCUGCUAACCAGGCUAAACCUAAAAAGAAAAAACCUCCUCGUAAGAAAAAACCAAAAGCAGGAGAAGGACAACAGUCUGCUGAUGGUCUGUGUGGUCUGGAUUCAGUACCCCAUGGAAUGGAGGAAGUAGAGAUGCAAGGGCUGGGUAGUGAUCAAGGGACUGGCCUUGACUCUAACGCCAAACAUUCUGAAUUCGCAAAUCGACCAGGUCUGCCUGGUCAGUCUGGAGAUCAAAGGGUAUUACAGCAAAUGCCAAUGCAGUUUAUGCCCCCACAACAGCAGCAACAGAUGCAGCAAAUGCAACAACAGCAGCAAAUGCAACAGCAGCAGCAGUUACAACAGCAGCAGCAACAACAGAUGCAACAGAUGCAGCAGCAACAGAUGCAACAGCAGCAGAUGCAACAACAGCAUCAACAAAUUCAACAGCAGCAAAUGCAACAGCAGCAAAUGCAGGGUAUGCAGGGUCCUCAAGGUCAAGCUGGAACAUCACAAGGAAACCAUCAUGUCCAGACCCAGAUUCAUUCACAACAGUCAAUGCAGAUGCAGCAACAACAACAGCAGCCACCACAACACCUCCAACAACAACUGCAGUCACAGCCACAACAGCAGCAACAACAGACACAGCAGCAACAGCAACAACAACAUCAGCAGCAACAACAACAAAUGAUGAUGAUGCUUAAAAUGCAACAAGAAGCUAAGAAUCGAAUGCCACUACAGCAAGGUGGUCACAUUCCUAAGGGUUUAGUCAAUCCCAAUGAUCCAUCUCAGAGAAUGCCUGUAUCGCAGCCGGGCAACAUGCCUGUAAUGAUCGAUCUUCAAGGGCAUGGAGGUGUUCCACCUUCUCCUGAUAAAGCCAGAGGCAUGCCACUCAUGGUGAAUCCAUCUCUCACUGGACCAGCGAGAAGGACACCCCUUUCAGAGGUUGGACAACCAACGCCACCAGAGGAAACCCCUGGAAACCAUAGCUUGCAGGAUCGGGGACCCCUUGAAAUUGGUCAACAGUCUGGAAAUGGAAAUCAACCAAUGAUUCCCAACCAAGGUCCUAAUACUCAUUUAAUGAAAUCUGUGCCUUUAUCAGUGCCCCACCAGCCAGGAGCAAGUCCCCAACAGCAGUCUCAGCAAGUGGCAGCAAUGGCUGGCUCACAUAAUAUUCACUUUCCCAGUGCUCCUGCAACUUCCCAAAGUUCCCGCCCUAAAACCCCUAACCGAGCCAGUCCCCGACCAUAUCACCACCCUUUAACUCCAACCAACCGUCCACCUAGUACUGAACCCUCUGAAAUAAAUCUGUCCCCUGAGAGACUGAAUGCCUCUAUUGCUGGUCUUUUCCCUCCAAAAAUUAACAUUCCUCUGCCACCGCGGCAGCCAAACCUUAAUCGAGGCUUUGAUCAGCAAGGUCUUAACCCAACCACCCUUAAAGCAAUUGGCCAGGCUCCACCAAGCUUAGCAACUCUUCCUGUCAACAAUAAUACCAGUGGCAACAAUAAUGGCCCACAGUCUUAUCCAUCAGGUGGUGGCAUAGUAAGCUCAGGAGGAAAACAAGACAAACAGACUGGUGUUGGGCAAGCUAAAAGGGCUAGUCCCAGUAAUAGUCGACGAUCCAGCCCUGCUUCAAAUAAAAAAACAGCCACUCCAAGCCCAGGAAGACAGAAGGGUGCCAAAACUUCACUGAUAUCACCUCCACAUCAGCAGCAGGUCAUGGUUAGUCCACAGAACAUUAUGGUUAGUCCCAACUCAGUGCUCCCAGCUACCUCUGCAUCUUUGCCAUCAGCAGGAUCUGGAGAAUCACAACAGAGUUUAAAUUCUGUGCAAACCCUACCAGGCAGUGCUGAUACAGUUAGAGAUGGCCAUGUACUGGCUACACAACCAGAGCAGCAUCAGCCAGUUCAGUUAAGAGAGCAGUCUGCACCUAAAAUGGCAAGCCCUCGGGUGCCAUCUCAGGAACCCAAACGGCAAGACCCUAACAAUUUGGUUGAGCGUGCUGAAGAUAAACAACAACCUCGGACAACACCGCAACAUGACCUUGGCUCUGCUGCAUCACCAGCAUUUAGAGAUGCUCCAACAUCUCUGAAUCAACUAUUGGACAAUACAGGUACCCCAUCUUUGUCAAUGAAAUCUCAAAAUAUUCCUCAAGUGGGAGGAGAGCCUGUGCAGAAAUUGAGCCCUCAUGCGCCACUAGCUCAGGAGAACCAAUCCAAUCCUGUUGUCUCACAGAGCACAAAUAUUGGCACCUCUUUGUCUACAAGUGAAACUGAUCAAAAACCUAAAUCUGCUUCAGUAUCAAGUCCAAAUUUUGUUCCCAGUAGCAGUGCAAACCUGCAGUCUGUCAGUGCUGUAUCAAGUGUUAGUUCAAACCAAGCUGUGCUGUUAAGCCUCACUUCAAUUCCCAACCCUUCAGUAAGUUCGAAUCACAAUCUAAUACCCAUCUCAAAUGCAUCUCAAACUGUCUUGCAAAGGCCUAUCUCAUCAGCAGCAACUCCACAAAACCAGAUCACAGUCUUUGUAACCUCCAAUCCCAUUAGCUCUGCUACCAACACUGCUUCUGUAGUUCCUCCAGCUAUUGUUUCCAAGGUACUGGCAGUUCCCAAUAAAAACAUAAGAUCUCCAGAUGUUCGUCAACAAAAUCCUACUCAAACACGUCCACAGUUCAUCACAGGACCUGUGUAUUCAAUAUUUCAAGCUACGUCUGUACCAUCAAGCACUAACGUCAUGUCUCAGCCUGUCACAAUGGUUGGCCCCAUAGUCUCUGCCAAUAUCCAGCUUACUCCUACCUCAGUGUCAACUACAUCACCCUCUGCACCAGCGUCAACACCUAUGCCGACAAACACAACUGCCGUCAGCAUAGCUGCUACUCAGCAGAGCCGCACUGUCAUUGGGCAGCUUCAAGUUCAAGUACCUGCAAGCCAGGCAUCCCCUGUUAGUGUAGUACCACCAUCUCAACAGCCAAGUCCUGGAGUUCCAAAACAGGAGAGUGUCUCUGAUGCUAGUGGCUCAAAACCUAGUCCUGUUGGGCAGUCAUCCUUACAUUCUGGCAUGUCCUCACCCUUUCAACAGCGUUUAGCCUCUCCACCUGCUUGCUCUAGCCCAGGGGCUACAGCUGUUGCUCGCAGAAGUCCCCUGUCUUCAACAACAAUGUUAGCCAAAAGCAGUUCAGUCCAGACUGUUGUAAGCAAAAAUACUAUACUCACCAUCUCUUCAAGCAGUGACAAUGAUAAAAAAGAGCGAACCCCUGUCACUCAGAUAGGAAAAACUGUGGAUGUUGCCACAACUCAUGCUGCUUGUGUGGUUACAUCUGAAACGGUAUCUACACUCCAGCCUUCUGCUCCAGUGACUGUUUCAGCUGCUCAAAUAGCUCAGCAGUCUCCACUUCCUCCAAAAGUGUCUUCUCCUGAACCUGUGCCCUCUCUUUCUCCAGUCCUUACUUCUACACCAACGUCUAAUAUGCCACCCCCAACCUCUACAUCUGGAAUGCUUCACCUGUCUAGUCCUGUUACUAAUUCUUUGCCAUCCUCUAGUUCGCCUGCAAUUUCAGUUGCUGCAUCUGCUGCUGCUGCUGCUCCAGGACCUUCCACUACAACUUCUGGCUCCUCCACAGCAACAUCCCCACAACUCUCUGGGGAACAUCAGCCUUCUUCACUUGUGGAGACUAGUGUACCUGACACCGCUGAAACAAAAGAAGCAAUUGUUGAUGCUUCUAGCAUCUCAGCUCAUCCUGAAGCUGCACAAGAAGACCAAGCUUCAUGUGACCAAGCUGGACAAGGGGUUACCACUGCAGCAGAACAAGGAUGGGCAAAGAAAAGAAAGACGCCCGUCAACUUAGCCCCAAGGGAUACAAGGGCCACCACUGAGAAAGCAAAAGGUCCCAGUCGACGAAGCUCACGAACAGAUAAGGAGCCUGAGGAGGAAGCAUCCGACAAUGGGCAGAGAAAAAGAGCUGCUAGGCCCGGGUCAGCCUCAUCUAACAUAGGAAAAGAAACAAACACUGGAGCCAGUCCCACCCAGGCAAAACGAAGGAAGUCAAAGUAAUCAUGAAAACCUGUGAAUUGUACAUUAUUUUUUUGUUCUCUGAACUUGUUUUAUCUGCUGUUUUUCCUUUUGUUCUGAGCAAGAUAACCAUGUACAGAAAGUUGUUUUCUUUCUUUCUUUUUUUAAAUCAUGAAACUGUAUUUUGUCCCUGGCUACUAGAUUGAGAUGUUUAGAAUUGUGUAUGAUGUGUUUGUAUGUCUUUGUUUUGGUGUGACUUUUUUAUUAUUAUUAAUAUUGAUAAAUUCUAGAGUAAUCGUGUGAUGCAGACUAAGAAUAGAAUCAUGUCUGUUGUAUCACAAUAUAAUAAUGUGACAGAAUCAGAAUUUUUACUUCCCGACCAUGAUGUAUAUCAUGAAUUAACUGCAUUUCAAUACUGUCAGCACCCAUGUUCACCCAUUUAGCCCCCAGAUCACAUGCAUUAAACUAUUUUUACUAGUGUA